UUUUGUCCGUAUUCUAUUCAACUUUGUAAUCACAAACCCUCAAUAAUAAAACUGAAAAUAAGAGAAUCAAAUUCAGUUUCCAUUCACGCAUCUCCGAUUGCGUGUGGCCUACUACGGUGAUGCUUUCACAGUUAUCAUUCUAACACAAAAAUGAAACCCUCGAACUAACCCAAACAAUGACCAUAAUCACAAUAACAUAGUUCAGGUUCAUCUUCUCACUUCAAUUCUCAUCCUUUUUUUCCUACCACAAAUUCAAAUUACCAAUUCAUUGCAUAAUUUCGUUCUCUUUCGUUUCAGUUUUUUCUUCAUAUUUUCAUAAUUAGGUUUUUUUGAAGCGCACUCAGAAAACUCUACUUCACUGGUUGCAAAAUACAUAACAAGUUGCUUUUAUUUUCAUAAUUUCAGCUAAGGUUUGUUUCUAGCCUGCAUAAUCAUAUUUAAUUUGAUUCUUAUAUAGUGAUUGAAAUGUGUGUUUAUCAUAACUUGAUCGUGAUGAAACACACUGGCACAGACACGACACUGAUACGUAGACACCGAUGACAAUUUAAGAGAAUAGAAGUGAUUGAAUGUAUCUACGGUGUCAGACACUAGUACGUGUUAGGGUGUUAUGUUAUUUCUAUUAUUGUUUGGAAAGAAAUGGUAUUAUGUUUCUGAAAAAGUGUAAUUGGAUUCUUUUGGAAGUAGUUUGGGGUUAGGUUGGUAUUUUAGGUGAAGAUGUCUCUGCGGAUAAAGGCUGUGGUGGAUAAAUUCGUUGAGGAGUUGAAAGAAGCGUUGGAUGCUGAUAUUCAGGAUAGGAUCAUGAAGGACAGAGAGAUGCAAAGUUAUAUCCAAGAACGUGAACGCGAGGUUGCUGAACGUGAAGCUGCUUGGAAGGCUGAUCUUUCUCGUCGCGAGGCAGAGAUUGCUCGACAAGAAGCAAGGUUAAAGAUGGAAAGAGAUAAUCUUGAAAAAGAGAAAAGCGUCUUAAUGGGAACUGCGUCAAAUCAAGAUAAUCAAGAUGGUGCUCUUGAAAUUACAGUAAGUGGUGAAAAAUACCGAUGCCUCAGAUUCGCCAAGGCAAAAAAAUAAGACUUUAACAGGGUGACAUAAAGGAAAAAGUUCAUUCCUCCCUUCGCCAAGAGAGGGUUGUUCCUGCUGAAGAAUGGCUUAGCUCAAAUAAUGUACAUCUAGGAUCAUGUAUUCACAUUUAAUUGUUUCAUUGCAGUUUAUCAUUCUGCCAGAUUUGAAAAAAAAUGUUAUUUCUUGCUCAAUUAAAUUUUUUACAUGAUUUUUUCUGUGACCA